AUGCCUCCUCGAAAUACCCCGCGCAACCCGCGCGUCAGCGCCCCUGAAAACAGAGUCUACACAUCUACUACGCCCCUGACACAAUCUAAACUCCCCAUCCCGCGCAAGCAGAUCCGCUCCUACGGCAAGAAGACGUCGAGGCGGAUCGCGAUGUCGAAGCAGGAGACGCUCACGCAGAUGUGGGAUGGGAACAUGAGUGCCUUUCCCGCCGAAGAUGAGAAUGGAGAGGGGGUGGGGGAAGAGGGAGCGGAAGGAGGAGGGGAGGAUGGGGAUUAUGAGGAGGUGGCGAAAAAGCGGACCAGGAAUUCGAAGAGGAGGAAGACGGAGGGGGAUGAGCCGAGUGGGAGUGCGAGUGCGAGGAGGAAGAACUUCCAUACGCAGCAUCUGACGCAGAUUUGGAGUUAUAACCCUUCGAUGCAGGGGUAUGAUGAGGGGGAGCUGGAGCAGAUGCAGGAGCCGGAGCAGCAGGGAGAGGUGGAGCGGUCGAUUUGGGAUGUGAUGAGUUCGUCACCCGUGGAAGUUUUUGGGUCUUCAUCAAAGAAGGCUUUCUCGAAAGCUGAUACGCCGUCCAGGGCAAAGGCGAAGAGUGCUGGGAGGGGGAAGGGGACAGGGAAGAAAAAAGCAGCACCGAAUGGAGGGGCGUCACCGAGCAAGCAAAUGCCGCCUCCGCAAACACCGCGCCGAAGAAUCCUUGCGACGGAAAUCCCGUCCUCGCAAUCGCCUGCUGGGACGCCGUUCUCUACACAUUCUAGGGCUUCGAUAAGGAGGUCGCCGUUGGAGGAAAAGUCUCCGAAUAUUGCUAUUCCGUUCAACUUUAAUCCUAAGCGGAGGUCGGAGGUCAGUCCAGAGAAAAUUCCGGUUUUGGAAGUGAGGGAUACUUAUGCUACGGAGGAGGAGAGCCAGGCUACGACGAGGGUGCUGUCGAGUCCGGGGAAGAGAAUGAGCCCGACGAAAAGUGUUAGAUGGGUAUUGCCGGACGAGGAGGAACCAGGAAGUCCGUCUGUUAAGAGGAGGGGUAUGCCAGGAUCAAGGGCGAGGCAGUUUGCCGAGAAAGAAGGUGAAGAAGAUCGAGACGAGGAGGGAAUUGGGGAAUCAUCGGCGUUGAUUGGGUCACAGUCUACAUCAAACGCCACAACUGAACUUCAGUCGAGUGAGCAGGAGAAGAAAUCUCGGUCACUAUUUGUGUUGCAUGAUACCUCGAAGUUUCCGUCCCGAUCUAUCGAUGACACGAAGGAGGCCGAGGACAGGGAAAUACCGCAGCCGUUACAAUCUACUCAGAACCCUCCGCCCCGAAGUUCUAUUGGUCAGAGAACAGUGAUCGAGGACUCGGAAGCGGAGAGUGAUGAAGAUUUUAUGGAUGAUAUCCGAGAAGAUGACUCGGUAGAGCCAGCUGCGGAAAUUGAUGAUGAUCAUGAUGAUGAUAUUGGUCCAAGGCCAGUGAAGUUGGCAGAGCCGGCGGACGUGCCAGAAUCGAUGGAGCUUGAUAAUGACGGAGCUGGGAAUGCUGUAGUGUAUGAUGAGGGCAGAGUGAUGGAAAUAUCAGGAUCGGUGGACCUCGACCGUCAUGAUGAAGAUCGGGAUCAGGAAACAUUCUCUGUGCCACCAGGAUCGCCUCUUCUUGGCACCACGAGCAUUCCAGAACAAGAAAGUGGGGCUUCGAGUCACGAAAUUGAGGAACAGCCAGAGACGUGCUAUGGGGAGAUCGGCCUAGAAACACAAUUCGAGGUUUACGGGAUCAUGAGUACUGCGGAGCCAACGCGGACCCAAUUCAGUAUGAAGCCGGAAGUAGACCAUGAGAAUAUUCCGGAAUCGGUGCGAACUCAGGCUGCGACGGCACACCAUGAAUUAAUCGAAGAUGGUGAUUCCGAAGAAGAGGAAGAUAGUUAUCUCUCACAGGACGAAAAUGCUGCCGAGAAGACCCAGUACAUAGAAAGCCAAAGGCUUUCCACCCAGCAUGUCCAAUCGAUGGCGGCAAGAACAGCCGAAUCCGACGUUUUUGUUUCUGUUCACCCGUCCAGUGUCACCAACAUUGUCAAAGGCAAAAAGAACCAUGAAAUACGCGCCUACUCCUUCCCUCCCAACGUCUCACGAAUCUGGCUCUACGAAACAAGCCCAACGAUGCGAUUAACAUACAUGGCUGAGAUUGGGCCUGGCAAGAAGCCCGGCGAGAUGACGGAUUUCAGUGGCCUAGGAAAUGCGGAUUUUAACAACAAGUCGGAUGCUUGGAGGGCAUAUGAGAUACUGCAGGUAUACAAGCUUGCGCGUCCGCGGCCGUUGUCGGAACUCAAGGAGAACGGAUGGCUAAAAAUUGCGCCCAAGAAGACGACUCGAGUCGCACCGGCUGUGAUUGACGAGCUGAUGGCCAAUCUCCUGCCGCCACUGCUGUAUCCAGAGGGAGAAGCGGGGUCGGCGACCGACCCCACGUCGUCGUCCACGGACACGCAAGAGAUCCAGGAUCAGCUACAGAGAAACGUCGAACAAUUUACACAGUCUGUUGCGAAAGCUCUUGGACCACGACAGGAUCCAACAGAGGAGGAAUCCGACGACUCUGACGAGGAGAUUGUCGUGCCUGGGCCGAGACGGCGAAUCCCCGACUCGCCCGUGGCGGAGAGAGUCCCCUCGUCUUCCCAUCAAGCCACCACGCCUCGACCCCGAGCGCGAUCCCCGACGCGCCCACCAUUGUCCCAAGCUACGACCGUCGACCUGACGCAAACACCCGUACCGAAGCCUGCCUCUUCCCCGGUCGAGGUCGAUGUCGUCUGGGAGAGCCCGGCGCGGCCUGUGCGGAGCAGCAGCACGCCUCCGAAACUGCCCAUGCCGUCCAAUCGAGAGGAUCAGGGGCCGGAGUCUGUGGUCCCCUUCUCUAUGGCGAGCUCGCAGCUGCUGACCAAGAGCCAGCUGCUGUCGGAUAGCCUGUUGUUCGACCAUGGGGCGAUGGGCCCGCCGCCGUUGAUCAUGGAUUCGGACGAUGAGAUUGAGGAUUGA